GGGGUCUAGACGGCGCGCGGGCGCGUUCGUCAGUCGCUGUUCGGGACGCCGGGCGUACGGGGUUCUGUCUCCGCUCCCGUUUCGCAGUCACAGCCAGUUCCUUCCCGGAGCCCGGGACGGGCCGGGCGCGCACCCGUGUGAGUGAGCGGGACUCAGGGCACAAGUGUCCCCUCACUGCGUUUUUUUCUUCCUUUUAUCCAAAGAACUGGGCAGUUCGCACGCUUGCCUUCCUGUCGCCCGACUGGGAGCGGGGUUGGUGUGCGGAGUGGUUCGCCUUUUUUUCUUUUGAACUUGUGAGCGCUUUUUUUUUUUUCUUUUUCUUUUUUUAGGCUCAGUGCGGUCCGGGCUGGUUUCCCCGGUCCCUGACUAACCGCUUUCUGCCCCUUCUCUCGCCACCCCUGCCCAAGGUCGCCCCUCUGCCCUCGCCCCUGGCCCGGGAGGGUGGGAAGCUUUGACCCCGCCCUGCCCACUUGCGUCUCCGCAGCCGUAGCCGCACCUGCCCCCAAUAUGAAUAGGGUCAACGACCCACCUAUUUUUAUAAGAGAUAUUAAGCCCGGACUGAAAAACUUAAGUGUCGUCUUUAUUGUCCUGGAGAUAGGACGCGUGACCAAAACCAAAGACGGCCAUGAAGUGAGAUCGUGCAAAGUAGCAGAUAAAACGGGCAGCAUCACUAUUUCCGUGUGGGAUGAGAUCGGAAGUCUUAUCCAGCCAGGGGAUAUUAUUCGGUUGACCAGAGGAUAUGCAUCCAUGUGGAAAGGAUGUCUGACACUUUAUACUGGAAGAGGUGGUGAACUUCAAAAAAUUGGGGAAUUUUGUAUGGUUUAUUCAGAAGUGCCAAAUUUCAGUGAACCCAACGCAGAUUAUCGAGGACAUCAGAACAAAGGGGCACAGAGUGAACAGAAGAAUAAUUCCAUGAAUAGUAAUAUGGGUACAGGUACAUUUGGACCAGUGGGAAAUGGUGUUCACACUGGCCCUGAAUCCAGGGGACACCAGUUUUCACAUGCUGGCAGAAGCAAUGGCUGGGGACUUAGAAAUCCACAACUACCAGGAACAGCUAAUAAUCAAACAGUGAUGACCCCAAUAAGUAAUGGCAGGGACCCUCGGAGAGCCUUUAAAAGAUGACCUAGGCCCAGUACUCACAUGUAGUUUUUAUACUACAUGCCCUACUUGAACACUUACUGCACUUUUAUUUAUUGUUAACUGUGAAAAGUAUGUCCUUUAUUGGAUUUCCUUUUGUAUUCUUGGUUUGUUAAGAAGAAUGGUUUGUUUUUAUAGCAAAACUGUUAAGCUGCUCACGUCUCCUAUCGAAGAAUGGGAACACUGAAAAGUAGGGGCAUUUAUUUUUAGAGCAAAAAGACUAUUGGAGAGCCUCUAAAAACCCUGCACCUAUUUCAUGGGUGAGUUACUUAAGACAUCAGCUUUAUAGCCUCUAUGAGUCUAUCUUCUGUAUAAGUUUUGUAAUAUUUAACACAAGGCUUAAUGGGAGCUGUUCUUUUGUCUUGUAUUCAGAUAUUGCCACCUAAAGCAAUAACCAUCAGAAAACACAGAACUUGUCAAUGCUAGCUCUUAAGUUUUGAGUGUCUGUGGCUCUCGGAAUGAUUGACUUAAUUGAGUGACUGCCAUUAAGAUUUUCCAAGGAGUAACUCGUCCUAAAUUUUUGUUGUACUACCAAAAAACAAGAUUCCAUAUCAGAAUUUGGAAUAGAAUGUGAUCUGUAUUGCGACAAGUAAUUUUAAAAGAAAGCUACGUUUAUUUUAGAGUAGUGUUCCUAAUAUGUAUUGUCAAUACCAACUUUGUGGAUUACAUUGGAAGAAGAUUGAAACUGGGGCCUUGAAUAUUUACUUUUUGAAACCACCAUGUUAAAUAUUGAAGUAUAAUUUGAGGGAAUUAUAAAGUCACAAACAUUGAUCUGAUUAUUUUCAAAAAUAACUGUGAACAUACUGGAGGUGAGUCAAAUUGAAUUCAUACAGUAACAUGCAAGUCCUAGUACUCAGCCUGGAGUGAAAAUCCUGGGUACUAACUUUCAGAGGCGUUAGUGUGUGUGUUGUCAAAGUUUCUGAACACAGUUCACAUAGCCUUAUUAGCAGAAGUUUAAGAAAUGGCUCUAUCAAAGAAGCAAUUACAGCUUUAUUCAGAAAUGUAAAGGUGGAAUUUAUGUACAUGUCUUAAGUGGUACCCACGUCCCUUUUUACUGUAGGGUGGAGAACUUAGGAUUUAACUCUUUGAAUAUUACCUCUUGAAUAAAACUUGCGUUAAUGUUAACAAACCUA